GGAGGCCACCGUCUACAUUUCCUAUCAGCACACACAAUCAAUUCUAAGAGUCCAUGUUGAUCUUGGAAACAGAAGGAUUUAAGAGAGUUAAGUUUCCACAGAGAACAAGAACCUUACCAUCUCUUUUAGCUCUGAAGGCUGACAGACCAUGGAUACCAUAGAGACAGCAAAACUUGAAGGUCAUUUGGAAAAUCAGACCAACGACUCUCCCAACACUUACACAGGCCCUGCUGACUCGGUAGAAGAAGGAAACAAAACUGGCAAUGGUAAACCCAAGAGCUUAUCCAAUGGGCUACGUAAGGGUGCCAAAAAGUACCCGGACUACAUCCAGAUUUCCAUGCCCACUGACUCCAGGAACAAGUUUCCCCUGGAGUGGUGGAAAACGGGCAUUGCCUUCAUAUAUGCUGUCUUCAACCUUGUCCUAACAACUGUCAUGAUCACAGUCGUGCACGAGAGGGUCCCUCCCAAGGAGCUCAGCCCUCCACUCCCAGACAAAUUUUUUGAUUACGUCGACCGGGUCAAAUGGGCAUUUUCUGUAUCAGAAAUAAAUGGGAUUGUAUUAGUUGGGUUAUGGAUCACCCAGUGGCUUUUUCUGAGGUACAAGUCCAUAGUGGGGCGCAGAUUCUUCUUUAUCAUCGGAACUUUAUACCUGUACCGCUGCAUAACUAUGUAUGUCACUACGUUACCUGUGCCAGGAAUGCACUUCCAGUGUGCUCCAAAGCUCAAUGGAGACUCUCAGGCGAAGAUACAGCGGAUUCUCCGGUUGAUUUCUGGCGGUGGGUUGUCCAUAACUGGGUCACACAUCCUGUGUGGAGACUUCCUCUUCAGCGGUCAUACAGUAGUGCUGACUCUCACUUACUUGUUCAUCAAAGAAUAUUCACCUCGUCACUUCUGGUGGUACCAUCUGGUCUGCUGGCUGCUGAGUGCCGCCGGGAUCAUAUGCAUCCUCGUGGCUCACGAACACUAUACCGUCGAUGUGAUCAUUGCUUACUAUAUCACCACACGGCUGUUUUGGUGGUACCAUUCCAUGGCCAACGAAAAGAACUUGAAGGUGUCUUCCCAGACAAAUUUCUUAUCUCGGGCUUGGUGGUUCCCCAUCUUCUAUUUUUUUGAGAAAAACGUACAAGGCUCAAUUCCUUGCUGCUUCUCCUGGCCACUGUCCUGGCCCCCUGGCUGCUUUAAGUCAUCAUGCAAAAAGUAUUCCCGGGUCCAGAAGAUCGGGGAGGAUAAUGAGAAGUCUACGUGAGCUGCCAGCCUGGCAGCAGCCUUUCCACCAAAAGAAUCCGCGCUGAAACCAAAGGCACAGCUUCAUAUUUAUUCUCAGAGAAAUGACUGGUAAAUGAAGUGGACCAAAUUUUGUGCAAAAGAUCGGAGCAACGAAUGAAGUAUUACCUUUUUGGCUUUUUUCUUUUCUUUUCUUUUUAAUUCAGCCCAAGAAACAUAUAUUUUCCUGCAGCUCUUCAUGCUAGGGUGACAGCGCCCCCAAACUGGGAUUUUAAAGAGAUGGCAGGAACACGCUAUGCCUCUCCUCGUUCUUUCUCCAUUUCCAUGUUCUUUCCAGAUGUUUUCCCCCUUCAAGGUCAGAAGAGUUUGCUAACGUUUUUGAAUAAAAUGUCUGGAUAUGCA